ACAGUACACUCAUUCAUACCCCGACGGACUUUCGAACGCAUUACCUGUGCCUAAACGAAUUGAGAAAAAAAACGUAAAUAAAAAAAAUAUAAACUGUCAAACGUUCCCGCGGAAUCCGCACCGGGCUUCGCGCGUUCGAAUUUCGAAAUCUCACUGACCUGUGCCGUCGGCAAUUUUUAUGUAAUACAAGUAACAGUUAUAUAACAAUCAUUUCGGCCUCAUAUUUUGGUAGUUGCGAUAGUCUACAGUUUGCCAUGGAUAAACUUGCUUUCAAACCGGCAUCAGUGUCCUAAUUUCAACCAAAAAGGUUUACCACAGUGUUGUGUUUAAAUAAAAGUUUGAAUAGAAAAAAAAGUGAAGUGUCGGAAAGUCGGGACCUCCUUGCUGUCAAAAAAGAAAAUGCAAUAAGCAACGCCUAAGAAGAGUGAAUCAAAUUCCAAGAUGGCGGCCGUGUCCCAGCUGAUUUCUGUCAGUGACGUCAUUAGCGAAAAUUUGAAUAAAAAUGAGAACAACACUUACUGUGCCCAGUGCAAUGACAGUGUAGACGAAAACAUGAACAAUAUGAGUGAUAACUUAACUGAAGUGCAGAAGUUUUACAAUGGGAAGAAUAUUCUUAUCACCGGAGCCACGGGUUUCCUUGGCAAGAUCCUGGUGGAAAAGCUCCUGAGAUGCUGUCCAGGCGUGGAGAACCUGUACCUGCUGGUGCGGCAGAAGAGAGGCAAGGAUAUCUACACUAGGAUGGAAGAAAUAUUCGAUGAUCCGGUGUUCAGCCGGUUAAAGGAGGAGGUGCCCAAGUUCCGACACAAGGUGGUCGUGGUACCUGCGGACUGUGAGGCCGCUGGUCUCGGUCUGACCCUGACGGACAGACAGAUGCUUACUGAAAAGGUGAACAUAAUAUUCCACUCGGCGGCCACAGUGAAGUUCGACGAGCACCUCCGAGCAGCCCUGGUGACCAACGUCAUGGCGCCUCUACACCUACUCCGGCUGGCCAGAGACCUGAAGAAGUUAGAUGUACUAAUGCACAUAUCGACAGCGUACUCCAACUCUCACCUACCGCUGAUAGAAGAGAGGUUCUACCCUUGUGAAGCAGACUGCGAGCAGCUACAUCAGAUGGUGGACAAGCUGACGGAUGACCAGCUCAAUAGCAUGUUGCCUAAGAUCCUAGGACCAUGGCCGAACACGUAUACGUUUACAAAGGCGUUAGCAGAGAAGGAGCUACGGGCGAGUGCGGGAGGCAUGCCUAUAGGUAUAUUUAGACCUGCUAUAGUUAUAUCUACGGCGCAGGAGCCGCUGAAAGGCUGGUUAGACAACAUGUAUGGACCCACCGGAGUUGCAGUUGGCAGUGCCACUGGUAUCCUAAGGACGAUGCAGUGUGACGAGCUGGUGUCAGCAGACAUAGUGCCUGUGGACUCAGUAGUCAACUGCCUCAUGGUAGCAGCUUGCAGUGUACAUAACGCUUACAAAAGAAGUUCUCCGCCGCUGGAACCUCCGAUCUUCAACUACGUAAGCUCAGUGGAGAACCGGAUCACUUGGGGCGACUUCUUGUCCAAGAACAUGGCGUGGAUCCACCACUACCCAUUCUCUGAUGCUGUUUGGUUCAUAUCAGUAAGGCUGACGAAAUCAGCUGCAGUCAAUAAAGUGUACAUGUUCUUCUUGCACCUGGUGCCAGCCACAUUGGUCGAUGGGCUCGCUGUCUGCUUAGGGAGGAAGCCAAAGAUGCUAAAAGUAUACCGUAAGAUACACAAGUUUUCAUCAGUCCUGUCUUAUUUCUGUACGCGAGAGAUCAAAUUCUGCAACAGCCGGACGCGAGAGCUUUGGGAGAAGACUUCUGAGGCCGAUAAGAAGAUAUAUCCAUUCAGCAUGAGCGAGUUGAACUGGGAGGAGUACUUCCGGGACUACCUCGCUGGUAUUAGGAGGUACCUGUUUAAGGAGAGCGAUGACACACUACCUCAAGCCAGGAUUAAGUGGAAAAGACUCUACUAUCUACACCAGAUAACAAGGUUUAUUUUCUUCAUCCUGGCGGUGUAUGCGCUGUGGUGGAUCUUAUCAUUAAUGUGGUGAUUUACUUUUAAUUAUAAACUGUACAGUAUGUGUAUAAAAACGUGAUUGUAAUUAUGUAACUACAGUUAACACAAGAAUUUAGUGUGGAGGUAAGAAAAUAAAAGAUUGAUUCAGUACAGAUACCUUAUGCCUUAAGGCAUUAACGCCCGAAUACUCAAACGCUACUCAGUUUUAAGUUGUACUUAAAUAUCGUGCUAUCUCUGUCAUUUUAUAAAGAAUUGAUAGUGACAGAACUACAUUUUAGAGCGUCUUAAAAUUGAGUAGCGUUUGAGUAUUCGGGCAUAAGUCCGCCAUUCACUGUUUUGUGAUGAAGAUUAAAUAGGUAAAUAAAUAAAUAAGAUACAGUAAGCAUUGGUUGUCUAGAGCAGAUUGAGUAACAAAAAGUAUGGUUGCCUAUAAGUGGCCACUGCUGACCAAAUCCUCUUCUCACAUGGAGAAGGUUUGAGCAUUAAUCACCACGCUAGCUCAAUGCGGGUUGGCGAUUUCAAACUUAUAAUUAGAAAUUAUAAGCCCAGGUUUCCUCACGAUGUUUACCUUCACCGUUUGUCAGUGGUGUCUAAAUAAUCUUAGUAAGUACAUAUAAGUCGGAAAAAGUUACAUUGGUACUUGCUGUUGGUAGGUUUCUUAGGUCUUAAACCUCUGGGCUGCUACGACAGUGUCAAGCUUCGUUGUAAGGCGUACAAUUUAGUAUAAUCAUAGCUACUGUCUCUGUACUGAAUCAAUUUUUAUUUUCUUACUUGCAUAUUAAAUAACUUGUCUGACUGUAUGGUGAAAUAACCUGUGUUUGAGACCAUGUGGGACUUAGAAAAAUAUGUAAAGUUUCCAUCAUCGAACCACAAGACAAUCGGCGAAGCGCCACCGCUUCAUGGUAGAUAUCCCACCCACUCGCACGAAGCGCUUCGCUUCAAACUUCCUUGUGCGAACUGCUAGAGAAUGGAAUUCUUUGC